CUCCGAGAGGAGCCGUUUAAGCGGAGCCUCGCUCGCAGUCCCGGCUCCUCUGUGUUCACUAAGGAAGACGUCGGGCUUCAGGAAGUACUCGGACUCUUUCUUACACAUUAAGCAUUAAGCAGGACUCCUGCACGCGGACGAGCCUGCCGGUUCAGCUUUUUGACUGGAUGCUUUGAGAAUUUGGAUUAACGAGAUUGUCUGUCGCCGCCCGGCCGGGCUGACGGGGACACAAAGCCCUUUCGGCGGAGGAGCUUUACAGUUUUCAGCACACAAUAGUGGAGCCUCAGUAGGUGUAGAAAGCUGCAGAGAACCUCUCGCUAUUGCCUGCGGACACGAGGUAAUCGGAUGGACCAGCAUCCCAGCGCUCAGAGCUGCACCAGCCGUGGGGCUUCGUCCUGCGAGAGCAUCCUCACAGAGCCCUCCAUGAAUCUGUACAUCCACUCCACCACUGGUACACGCUUCGAGCUCUCUCUGCCCCUGGAGGAGACGGUGGAGGGUUUGAAAAAAAGGCUGUCGCAAAGACUCAAAGUAGCAAAAGACAAACUGGCUGUGCUUCACAAAGAAACGCGACUAAGUUCAGGCAAGCUUCAGGACCUAGGCAUCUCUGAUGGGAGCAAGCUAACACUUGUACCUACAGUUGAAGCAGGAUUGAUGUCUCAAGCAUCAAGACCAGAACAAUCAGUAAUGCAAGCCUUGGAGAGUCUAACAGAAAUUCAGGUUAGUGACUUUCUGUCUGGCCGCUCUCCCCUAACCCUGGCACUGCGUGUAGGUGAUCACAUGAUGUUUGUCCAGCUUCAGUUGGCAGCACAACAGUCUGGUGCUUCUCAGCUCCAUAACAGGCAUCUCAUUACUCGAGGAGGAACAGAGGCCACCAUGGGACAGCCUACAGGACAGCUUCGUGCGCCCCACAUUCACCCGCCAUCCCGCCCUCAUCAUCCACACAAUAACCCCAGCCCACUCUCAUCUCCGCCUCAUUGUGUCCCCUCCUCCCCGUCUCAUAGAGGCCCUCCUUCCUCUCGUCUGCCUUCCACACACCAGCAGCCGGUGCCUCCCAUGUACCACCAGUCGCCCUCCUUAGCUCACUGUAGUAGCCCUAUUUCUCCCCCCCACCCUUCUUGCUCAUCCCACAUCCCAGGAACUUUUUUACGUUCUUCAGCUCACUGUCAUCACCAUCACAGUCAUCAUAACCAACAUCACCAUCAUUACCACCAGCUUGCCUCAUCUCCACCAAGCCAGGAUGUUGGCCAGGCAAACUGCAGCACAAAAGGCUCUAACCCAGCAACUUGUAUCUCUCAACACUCCCGUAAACCUGGUGCCAUCAUCGAGAGCUUUGUUAACCAUGCUCCUGGGGUCUUUUCGGGGACGUUUUCAGGCACUUUGCAUCCAAAUUGCCAGGACAGCAAUGGGCGUCCAAGACGAGACAUUGGGACCAUUUUGCAGAUCCUAAAUGACCUCUUAAGUGCCACACGGCACUACCAGGGCAUGCCCCCCUCCUUCACUCAGCUACGUUACCAGACCCAGUUUGGUCCAUCCACCUCCCCAUCCCCCUCGCCUCCGCCAUCACCUCCAGUCGCUGGUGCUACAGGCCUCUCUGAUAAAGUUACCUCCAUACCUGCUGGUAGUCCUAGCAGUCCUCCUUUGACUCUUCAUCCACUGGUGCAGUGCCAGAGCCAGAUCCACAUGUGUAAGCCAGGUGAUCGUUUACGUCAGACCGAGAACAGAGCAACUCGCUGUAAGGUGGAACGUCUGCAGCUUUUGAUGCAACAGAAGCGCCUGCGCAGAAAGGCUAGGCGAGACCAACGCGCUCCAUAUCAGUGGCUGCCCAACCGCAGGUCUGCAAGGAGCAGCAGCAACAGCAGCAUGUCCAGUGAGGGAUCCCUGGACCUGGACUUUGAUGAUUCUGUGUGGAAGCACGAUGUAAAAGCAGACUUGAACCCUGAGUAUGUCAUGGCCUGAGCUGUGGGCACCCUUAAGAUGGAAAGAUGUGUAAACCAUGUCCUGGGAUUCAUUUGGAGUGGGGAUGGAGAGACUGAGUAUUUGCAGGAGGUAAAUAAGCAAAUAGGAAAGGAAAGGCUGUCACGUGACCCCUCAUCAGCCAUUUUGGGGGAAAAAAGCUUCUUAAGACUUCAAUCCUUCCCCUAUACAUAGCUGACGUUGUCGAAAGCAAAAUACUUUGACAUGAGACUUGGACUUGGUCAGCCAGUGAAUGGACUCUGCAGUGUAGAAGACUUGAAAUUUGAUGGCAGUCACCGUACCUGUAGUUGAGCAGGAAAACAUUCUGUGGGGUGGUGGUGGUAUUUUUAGUAGGGGUUUCUUUUGUUUGCCUUGUUUUGUUUUCAACUGCUCUUUGAGCAGAAAUGAAUGGAUCCCCAUUGGACGUGUGAAGAGCUGAGGAUCACCACAGACUUUGAAGCAAGCCACAGGGCCAUCUCAACAGAGAGCAGUAAUGGGGAGGUUAAACCUUUGCUUUUCCACUUUUAAAACAAAUGUUUCUAUUUUAUAAGUAAAACACAAUAUGUAGCAUUGUUCACAGAGCAUUCAGGUUUUCCUACAACAAUUCAAAGUUGUUGAUUAGUUGCAUAUUUCUUUGAUAUUCAACAGCUGGUCAGAAUUUACAAAAGAAAGUGAGGCCUUGGGGGGGGGGGGGGGGGGGGGGUAAAGAAGAUGCUUAUGGAUCAUUACUCACAAUAGGAAACGAUUAAUGAAUAAAUAAAAUGAAAUAUUAACAGCAAGUGCUUUAAAAAGAUUUUAAGAUGUAUUUUAAAAAACAUCUUUUUUUUUCUUCUAAAAACAGGAGCCCUUUGUGGCUCUGGUCAAGUUGGUGUCUACCAAGAAUUAUGUUGCUUCAUUUAAUCAUCUGUGGAUUAUCUUGUUUCAAUGCAGCAAAAUAAUACUCCCAAGAUGUUCGUCAUCCAGCCAGCGCGACAAACCUUUGUAAAAUUGAUGUUUUUUUACAUAAAUAUGACAACUAGCAAACAUCUUUGUGAAAGUGUGUAUGUUUGAGUACAAAGUAUAUUUCUUUUAAAUGAGUUUUUUGUUUCUCAAACCGGGAAGCUAAACUACAGUAAAUGAAAAGGUGACUCUUUAAUGCAGUUCCAGGACAAAACAGUAAAGUCAAGUUUUUAAAGUGUACUUUCACCAGGAGUCAUACUGACCAUCUUUUAGUUGUUAUGACCUUUUUCCUGCAUCAUUAUUUAGUGCCUCCACCAGAACAUCUAUUGGCUUAUCAGGUUUGACCUUCCACAAUGUUGCUGCUAUACUUAGGGGUCCUAAAGCAGGAAAAAGACUUCCGUGUGCAUGCAGACAUGUAAAUGACACUGACCUAUUGAAUUUUGUGCUUCGGAAAAAAAAAAAACAUUUAAACUUGCAUGAAUUUGUAUGGAUUUGUGAAGAAAAUAAAGUGCUGCUUUUGUUAGCUAGGGUUUUUUUUGGUAACUUUUUAGUGUCAAUUCAACAAUGUCCCACUAAAUUAUUACCACUGAAAGAGAAAACGGAUAAAGUGUGGGCCCAUGUUGUUGCUCAGCACUAAACAUUCCUGUUGUGUGACAACACUUGCAAAGAGCAAAUGACGUUUAACUCCCCAGUGGCUCCCAAAGAUCCAGACAGCUGAGGAAAUGUUCAUCCCGCCCCCCUCCUUCCAGCCUGAACCCAAACACUGACAGGGACAUGUCCUUUCUGGGACCCACAGAGCUGUUUAUGAAAGUCACCCAAGAAAAUACCUGCUGUGACUCUGAAUCCGUCUGACUGACCACCCAACCAACCGCAAUGCGAUUGCACUCCUAGUGUUUGCAGUGAGAGAUUAUUUUUUUGGUGAACCUUGUCUUUUAUUCUGAAUUUGUUUGUUUUUUUCAAGUGGCCUUAUGUUUCACAAAAAACAUUGCAGCCAAUGGAAUGGGACUUUGUCUUUUCUGACAUUUUUGUGUCAGUCAGACGUACCACGCUGUCACUGAGGACACUGGGCAUUUGAUGUGACUUUUCCUGGUGGACUCUGUAUAAUGUCAAGGUGUCUGUAUGUGAAAAUGUUGCCCUCAUCGUGUCAGAUUGACCUUUCUUGUUGGUAUACUUGACUAUAACUAUGAGAGUCAAAGAGAGAAUCACUUCUUAAAAGUAGUAGUUAUACCUCAAAUGUAGUUUAUUUGUUCCCCAUUUCAUCAUUGUGUUUCCAUGCUUGUUGGUGAUGCUAACAUCUUUGAUUUCCAGCCAACAAGCUAGUAAAAGUAAAAAAAUAAUGUAAAGGGAGGCGAUUUUAGGUAGGCACUGCUCAGAUGGAAAGAAAACAGCCCUAAGUUGGGCUCUUAAAGAUUCUGAGGACUUUUGAAAACACGAACUUCCCCCUUCCUUGGUUACAAUGGUGUGAAAGGACAAUUCAAUGCCCGUCUCUCCCAUAUUCUUGUGUGUGUCAACUUUACUGUGUGCCUCUUUUAAUGGGUGAAACUCAAAAUCAGAAACGGAACAGAACAAAAGCCUUACAGAAAAGAUAAAAGGUGUACGUUGAUGGAGUUCUGAUCACAUUAUUGAAGUUUCUGGUUUAUUUCUUGUAGCCAACAAUUAUAGAUACUUUUUUUUAAAUUAAAUUACAAUGUACCUACUCUUGACCAGUGUAGCACAUGUGUGAUUGUAUGAAUUUAUGAAACCCAAAUGGUAACUGUGAAUUAUUUUGUUUUGGUCAGAGAGGAAACUGGGCAUGCAGCAGCAGCAGCUGAUGCUCAGGUAAAAUGUUUUUUUCUUUUUGUGGACUAUAAUGGAAGCUACAAGUUUCCCAAAAGUAAGAAAAAAAGUCAAAAAAAGAUUUUUUUCUCAAGCAAUACAUUUCUGUGUGACCUGUGAUAUAUUUUUUUCUUUUUUAGGUAAUGAAUAAAAUCAAAAUGAAGACA